AUGGCCUUGCUUCUCGCGCCAUACAACAAUGGCAUGCGCCUUGGUCAAGGAUUCAAUUCAUAUACCCAGCAGAUCUGCAUUGACGAUGCGGUUGUGAUCGAUCCGGAUCGUGUUGACAACUCAGUCACUAACGAUGGCUUCACCAUGCGUGAGCUGCGCUACGCGAUUGGUGCUCGGCGUGACGAGAACGCAGACAGUGAGAGUGAAGAUGAUGAAGGAUACUUGCCUCUACCAGCGCCGGCGAAGUCGACGGCUUCUCCCGUUGAUGAUGCUUCCAAUGCUUCAUCAACUGCAAUCAUAGUUGAAAACAAGCCUAAAAUGGGACCAGCACCCCCAACGAUACUGGAUAGCAUGACAAUUCAGCUGAAUCAAGAUAUUCAGACAGUCAGAACUCUUGUCACAGAUAUUGCUACGCUGGAGGCUGCUAUUGAAGAGGCAACUGAUACCGAUAGCGAUUUGAUCAAAAGGAAAUCCCUACUUCUUGAAAAGAAGCGAAUGCGUCUGGCUCGUCUGAAGACCACCGGGAAUGGUCUAAGAUCAGCAGAUCCCCGUAAAGCCAGACGGCAGCUAGCCCAGCGAGGACCCAGCCAAAUUGUUUCCUACAAUUCCCGGUUUGUGAACAAGAUAAGUGAGGUAACCGACGACAUGAACAUCUCGGGUUCUCUUUCAAUCAAGUAUGGAACUAUUGGUGGUUCUGGCAAGGGAUCUUUCGUCGACUCGGACAAGUUCAAGGAGAGCGACCUGAACUUUUUCAUUAGUGUCAAGGUCGUCAAUCAGAGCAUCAAUAUCAAGGAUGCCCUGGUUUUUCAGGGACUGCCCUCUGUAGACGACAUGAACUUUCGCUCUGUGUUUGGAGAUACUUUCAUCUCGGGAUUCAUGGAGGGUGGUGAGUUUAAUGCCCUGGUGAGCAUGAAAGUUCUCAACAAAGAAAAGCGAAUGGCUAUCGAAGCUGAGGCGAAAAUUGCUCUUACUGUUGGUCCUACACAGAUCGAUGCAGAAGCCAAGGUGGGAAUCUCCAAGGCCAAUAUUUCAUCUCAAACAGAGACGACAAUCCAGGUUGGCUGGUCUGGAGGAGGUCACAUCAAGCCUGCGGAUCAGCCAUGGACAAUUCAAACUCUGAUGGAAACUGCUGCUAGGUUUCCUGACCUGGUCGCCCGGACGCCACAGCGCACCUAUGCUAUAGUCACGAAAUACGAAUCACUUCGGAGUUUUAUGGCCCUCAAGCCCCCCGCGCUCAGUCCGAUGUAUUAUGAGAACGCAGCAAUCUACACAAACUCCUUGUUGGAUGCGUACAUGGAUUAUAAGAAUAUUUACCGUACCCUCGGAACCCAACUUGAGAACAUCCAAGCUGAUACCAAGAAAUUUGAGCCUUGGGCCGUUCCCCCAGUGCUUGCCACCAGCGACACUUUGGCCAAAAUAGAUGAUGAAUCCAAGUUUGCGGCGGACAUCAAAGGACUCGAUCUCGCUCGUCGGGCUUGUCGCUUUCAAAUGAUCAAAAUUGUUCAGGAAGUCUCUGAAAUCGAGAAAAAGCCAGACUGCGCAGCAGACGAGAAGCGAGGAGAGAAGUUCCAAAGCCCCAUUGCCUUCCGCGAGCGUCUUCCUAAUGUUAAAGAUAAAGAAAAGAUGCCACAUCUCAAGAUCUUUGGCCCUGAAACCGAGUACCCGCCUUUACUACCACGCACCGACAAUGAUGGAGUUACCGAGGCUGAGUCGCUCAAGGCAGAAAGCUAUAAAGCCGAACAGCCAGACGUCAGCGAGUUCCAGAGACUGGCACCCAUGGUCGGCUCUCCUCAGGGUACACUUUUUUGCAAUCUGGAUUUCAUAAAGCCGGACUUCAGCCUGCGCACAAUCAGUGUUGAUGUUCACGGUGGAGUAGUCUCUGGAAUCUCCUUGCGGUAUGCCAAUGGUCUACUAGCUGCCAUGGGUACAGCUGGAAAGGGUCCCAAGGUGUCUCUGGUGUUGCAUCCUGAGGAUGGCGAGAAAAUUAUUGCAUGCUCAAUUGAGACCGGCUCUGUCAAGGGUGAAUCCAAGGCAUUAACACGAGUGACUGCCGUUCGACUCUAUACAAACCGGGGUCCUGACUUGCUGGGAAAUGCAGAGGACUGGAAGCCUCCUGUUAAAGGAGAGGGUCUUCGUGGGGGUAUUCAAUUCGAAAAUCUUACCCUGACCCAUUUUGACCCCCUUCUUGUCAAUGCCCAUCUGAAGGGCUUCUGGGGUUACGGCUUGACGACAUCACACAUCCAACCUCAAAGUGGUAUAUAUCGGCUGGCGCCUAUUUGGGGUAGCAAAGAGACCAUUACUGCCACCAUUGGCGAUCCAGUGGACGAUAACGUUGAUUCGUCCACGAUCAUUACCGAGGCCGAAGAGCUCGUGUUCAAGGCACAGGAGAGAUUUGGCUGGAAAGAUGGGGCCCCUGGCCGUAAAGCUUUGUUUGAGCACACCUUUGAAAAGCCAAUGCCUAUUGUUCCAACGGUAAUCUACGGGUUCCGCAGGAUUGACGUCGGUGGAAAGGAUUCGCCCCGCGUUUCUCUUGCCCUGCAAUCCGUGUCAGAAACAGGUUUGACUUUGUCAGCCAAGUCGUUUCUUCAUAACACAUGGGACCUCCAGGCCAACGUCAUGAUACUGCCAAAUGGCAAGAUCCCCUUUCAACACGGAGAAGUCGAUGCUAGUGAUAAUCCGGGUGGACGUACCACGAUUCAAAACGCUACGAUUCCGGUCGUCUUUUCCGCGCCCUUUAAAUCCCCACCAAAAGUCGCGGUUUGGUUUACAGAGAUCACACAGCCGCGGGGCGUACGCUCCCUCAAAACCUACAUAAGCGAUAUCACAGAAACUGGGAUGGUCGUGCAUAUUGAUACCUGGGCUAGCCGAGAAUUUGACUCUGCUCGCGCCGCCUGGCUUGCCUGGCCAUCUGAGUUUGACGGUAAGACCAUUCGCUCCGAUAGCAACGUUUUCCAGACGAAUCAAGAAGCAUACGAGGCUGCUUGGUAUAAUGGAAGCUUCAGCAAAGAACCAAAGGUUUUUACCGCAAUAGAUCAUAUUGAUUUCCCGGAGCAUCCAACUGCCACCUUGCGAAUGAAUGCACAGCAUGCAUGGGCAACCAAGGAUAAACUGAGAUGGCACGCAGGAACAUGGGAUGAUACGCCAAUGCUCUCAAUCGGAAUGCGCUGGAUUGCUAUUGAGUAA